CACGAACCCGGUGUACAGCUCGACUUCGUCCUUCCCUCUUCCCUUCCCCCACCUCGCUUUUCCUUCAGUUUUCCCCUCCCUGGAAGAUUCCGAAGAGUCCAUCCCCGGAAGUUCAUUUAAGAACUCAGAAGGAAUAGGAACGCGGCCACGGAAACGAUGGCGUCACCAGCAAUUCCAAUUCCACCGAAUAUCGCAGAUAUAACGGGACCAUUACUUCUAGGAUACCUGUUCAAUUAUGGUUUAUUCGGCGUCCUUUCAGUUCAAGUCUAUACUUACCACAACUACUUCCCCACCGACGGAUGGAAGACGAAGCUCCUGGUAUACGGAAUUUACAUCAUCGAAGCCGUUCAGAGCGCGAUGAUCACCUCUGACGCAUUUGACAAUUUCGCUUACGGGUUUGGACAAGUCAGUGCGUUGGAUAGUAUCAACCUCAUCUGGUUUGACGUGUGUAUUCUCGACGGGGCAGUCGCAUUCUGUGUUCAGGUGUAUUUCGCUUAUAGAAUUCACCUGUUGUCGAAAUCGAAGAUACUCACUUCAACCAUCCUUUUCAUGGCUCUCGUCCAGUUCUCAGGUGCAGUUGGAACUGGGAUUCUUGCUCAGCUUGUAGGGGUGUUUUCUCUGGUUAGGGAGAGGUGUUUCGUUGCAGCUUGUUUCUGGUUAGGAGGGAGCGCAGCUUGUGAUAUUCUCAUCGCAACGUCGAUGAUAUGGGCACUCUCAAGGUAUAAGAGUAAAUUCCAAGAAAGCGAGGAUUUUGUAAGGCGCCUCAUAAGACUGACGAUGGAAACCGGAAGUGUAACUGCUUUAGUGGCCUUUAUCGACCUCGUCCUUUACCUUUCCUUACCCAACGACUCCUACCACAUUACUCCGGCCCUCAUACUCGCAAAACUAUACUCCAACUCGUUGAUGGUUGUGUUAAAUAGCCGUCCCGGUGCUGUUCAACUAAGAAAUCGUGGUCAUGAUCUCAACACGGAGUCUGAUACUGCGAUUCACACCAUCUCCAUCACACGACGAAGCCCCCGAAACAGCUUUGAUUUCGAGCCCUCCAUUCGGUCGAGUAUAAAAGUGAUACCUCCUGCCUCGGAGUCGUUGUCGCACCACUCAAAUCCGGCGUAUCACGGAACCACCACUGCCACUGCGACGUUCAACCAGAGUCCGAUUCCAUUAACGCCGAGGACCGAUAGUGCAUCGAUGUACUCGCAGAGCACUGGCUAUCCACGUCCGAGUCCCAACUCAGCUUUCAGGGUUCCUAGCCGUCUUCAGCAACCACCAGUACCACCGCUACCUGCUCAUGUUGGAUCGAGUCCGACUACCACAGCUUCAACGUGGACAUGCCAGAGCCUUGAACCGACUACAGUCAAUUACCGGCGGUCCGCCCAGUCGGCGGUGAGCUUCAACAGUACCACCAUGGAACAACCUUCUCCGGUUUUGGAGUUCGAGAAAGCAGGAAAAUAAAUAUCUUGUGUCGUCUUUAGUUUCUUUGUGCGGCCUUAAGGCGAAUACUGUCAAUUGGCUGUCACGGAUUGACCCCUUAGUACGUACUUCGGCGCAGGGAUUAUUAUAUUUCCAAGUUUCAACAGUCGCUUUGAUGGCGUAGGGGGAUGUAAGUAAGUUACCGUCUUGCUGAGCUGACGCAAAAUUGGAAAAGAGUACGGCCGACGAGAGAGGCUUUGGAAAUACACUGGGGAUCAGUCGUUUACCUUGUACAUAUUCCAAAUGUACGGCCUGAUUUAUCCACUAAUAACCGA